UCACUCUGAUACUGGCACUGUUGGUUCUCACUCUGAUACUCACUGGCACUGCUGGUUCUCACUCUGACACUGGCAGUGCUGCUUCUCACUCUGAUACUCACUGGCACUGCUGGUUCUCACUCUGACACUGGCAUUGCUGGUUCUCAUUCUGAUACUCACUGGCACUGCUGGUUCUCACUCUGAUACUCACUGGCACUGCUGCUUCUCACUCUGAUACUCACUGGCACUGCUGGUUCUCACUCUGACACUGGCAUUGCUGCUUCUCACUCUGAUACUCACUGGCACUGCUGGUUCUCACUCUGACACUGGCAUUGCUGCUUCUCACUCUGAUACUCACUGGCACUGCUGGUUCUCACUCUGACACUGGCACUGGUGGUUCUUACUCUGAUACUCACUGGCACUACUGGUUCUCACUGUGCCACUCGCCAUCUGGAAUAGCUGGUACUUCUGAUACUCACCGACCCACUGGCACCAAUUAUAAUUCACUCUGGUUCUCACGUACAUUCCUCUUAUUCCUAUUGGUACCACUGGUAAUAACCACCAGAUGUACCGUGAGCGCCUCCUGCAGGACACGCCCUAUUUAACAAAGAGCGGGAGGCUGAGCGAGCGAGUGGCCGACAGGAUAAUCCUCCAACUCAACCGCGUUUAUCCGCAGAUCCUCUCUAAUAAAGAGGCAGAAAGGUUCCGGAACCCCCAGACCCCCCUGCGGACGCGACUAUCCGACCUGCUGAAGCACCUGCACCGGAAUGGGGACCGGGAAUGUCAGGAAUUCUACCGGGCGCUUCGGAACAACGCAGAUAAAAUAUACGCCACUCUGCCAAGCCGGGAAAAUAUACAGAGGGUGGAGCCUGCAGAGAUCAGCGCAGAACAGGAGAAGAUUAUAUUAAAUGACAGGGGGCCGCUGUAUUUCUUGGCUUGCUUUAGUGCAGCCGCUGGGCUAGCGUUCUUACUGUACUACAAUAAUCCAGAGAUGAAAUCGAAUGGCUCAGCCAGGAAGGUGUUUGGAUACACGGCUAUCGGCUUUGGGAGACACAUCAAAAAUAUUCUGAUCUCGUUCCUUGAGGAACCAUUGGGCAGCCAAUGACCGGACUUCAUAUCGACACAGAUUGGGCCCUUAGGGGCCCGGAGCUACACACUACUAUGCACUUUUCUGCCAAAGCUUGACACCAUAUAAACGUGGGACUUCAGGGAAUAGGGUUGUGGCCCUGCCUCCAGUUACUGUCUAUAAAUAUGUCAAGUCAUUUAUCAAUAUUCGGGUGACAUUCACCAUGUUUGUGCCGUCCAGAACUCCAAAAAAAGGGCAUUAACUGGGGACCAAAGCGAAGCAGAUCCAACACAAAGAAAUCCUUCCAUUAGUUGCUAAUUAUUCUCGUGGGGCGCAGAACCUGGAAUUAUCCAGGCAAAUCCUCGGGUCUUGGGUCAGUUUUUAUCUCUUUGGACUUUUAAAGAGUUUUUAAGUCUUUUUACGUUUUUUAAACACACGCCUUUAUAUUCCAGGGUGUGGCCAGUGUACCUUCUAUAUAUUAUAUGUGUAACAUUUGUUACAUUAACUGCUAAAGGGGGGACUAGAAUUUGGGGUGCUGUGUAUUAGAUAUAAUAUUUGAAAUCAUUUUUUAUUUCACUGAACUCGUAUUCACUCCUACUAGGCCUUAUUUACCAAGUGUGAGAGAAUUAAAGGGCCCUUUAAAACCCAUGCACUAACCUAGUGCACCAGGAUCAAUGGCUUCUAUAUACACCAGCUUACAAAUCCAGUGCAGGCUGCAGCUUUGUGGGUGCAACAGGCCCCCCGUAGCAAUAGGACACACCCCAAGCAGCCCCUUAUGAAUACAGCUUUGCCGAAUGCAAAUGGAGCUGCACUCACAGGAGAGGUGCAAGAAAUUUAGUUGUUUCACUUUGCCGCACACUUUGUAAAUAAGCCCUUCAUGUACCAAAGAAUUUUUCAGUUAUUUUGGAAGUGCCGUUAAACUGACAACUGUGGAAUCUCAGGAAAAUUUCGGGGUGGGGGAGGGGCUGUCUGGGAAGAAUCUUCGUAUCUGUUACUCAGUGCCCCCCUCUUUCCGUGCAUAUUAAUGAGGGAAAUGAAGUGCCUUGAUGUUAGGAAUUUGGGGUUAUGUCAGGAAAUGUGGGUGCAGCUCAAAGCAAACAGGAUUUUAUCUUCACAAAUUUGUGGUUUUAUCCCUUUUUCCUGCGCUGGAGCCAAAUGUGGCCGAGGCGGAAACCGGGGAAAUGUGGGUAAAACUGCUGGUUAUCAGGGGCGUCUGUUUUACUGGAGAUAAACCUGCUGUGCCCCCCCCGGGGAAUAAAGUCACCGCUGUUUGUAUGUUCAGAGGGGUCUGAUCUGACGUGCGGCUCUGUAUGUGGCCCCCAAUUCUGUCGGACUUAUUAAAUGAUUAUUCCACCCAA